CUUAUUUUUCUCAUUUUUAGGUGAAAGUAUCGGUAGUUAUCCAUUAAUCUAUGUUAUUUUAUCGUUAACGAUCUCGCUUUUCUCAUUAGGUAUUUUCAAAAUGGUAUUAAAGGAUCGAAUACGCGACGGGUAUACACCUUCUAAUGCUCCAUCUAGAUAUGAAAUGGAUGUUAUGCGAGAAUUUUGGAAUUCUACGGGUGAUCCUCUAAUGACUGUUGUUUUAUUAACCGCAAAAGAUGGUCAGUCAAUGUUGAGGGACGAGUAUCUUGAAGAAGCCCUCAGGCUAAAUAAUUUUUUUGUUAAUAAUUAUACUGUUGAUUUGGACAAUAGGUCAUCGUUUAAAUAUAAAGAUGCUUGUUCAAUUUAUUGCAAUCUCAACAUCGCUCUCGAUCUUUUUAAGCAAGGACUUGAUGAACUGAAAGAAUUGGCACAGGAAGGAAAGCCUCUUUCAUCGAUAACGAUGCUUCGUUAUCCAGUUGCAAAGAUUAAAGGUAUCGAAGUUCAUCUGGAACGGUUAUUUUUUGGAGUUAAAAAAAAGAAUAUUGUCAAACGAGAUUAUUUCGUCGAAAAAAAUCUUGAUGUUGAGAAGCUACCCGUCAACACCAGUCUUUCACAAUUGUUGUCCGAAAUCGACUUUGUUAAGGUUUAUUUUUUGGUUGUUUUGUUGCUUUUUCGGGCUGAUAAGCAGAAUGAAGAUUUAGCUCGGAAGUUAACGUUAUGGGAAUUGUCGUUAUUUAAAUUUUGCCGUGAAAUUUAUAAAAGUGAUUUAAUCGAUAUACAGAUGAUUGGAAGUGAAAUUUUGGAUCAAGAAAUGAUAAAAGAUGGACGAAGAAUCAUGCCAUAUUUUGCUGCAGGAUUUGGGUUUAUGAUUACCUUCGUGACUGUAACAGUUUUAAUGAGUGCAGUAUUCUAUAAUUCUAUGGAUUGUGGUAAAAUUCUCGUUGCAUGUGGCUCCAUUAUCUGUCCAAUUUUAUCGAUUGGCACUGCUUAUGGAGUUAUUUCGUUGAUUGGAAUAAGGACAAAUUCAUUUAUGCUCGUUAUGCCAUUUCUUAUCAUGGGAAUAGGAGUGGAUGAUGCUUUCUUGAUGACACAUUCAUGGCAACGACUCUCUUCAUGUUGUAGUUCUGUUUCUCUUCGCCUCGGAAUGGUAUUUGAAGAUGUUGGUCCAUCGAUUACGGUCACUUCCUUGACCAAUUUUAUUUCAUUCAGUAUUGGUGCAUUGACACCAACUCCAGAGAUUCGAUUGUUUUGUUUUACGACAGCAAUAGCUAUGGGAUUGGACUAUUUACUUGAACUAAUUCUUUUCGGACCUAUAUUAGCUCUUGCAACGAAAUGUGAGAAAGCGAAAUUCCCAGUUACAAAGCCUAACUUGGAUUCUUUAAAAAUGAAUGAUGCAGGGUGGAGAAUAUAUGUAAAUUUAAUUAUUUUUUUGAAUUUUUCUCCUAUCGCAGUUGCUAUUUAUUGGUAUUUCGCGAUUGUUGGUGCUUUAAUGAUUAAAACGAGAUUGGAUACAGAAAAAAUUUUGCCCAAAGAUUCACCAAUACAAGCUCCAAAUAAGAUUCUCAACGAUAUCAUUUCAGUUUGGGCGGAAUAUCAUCCAAUUACUGUUAUGGUCAACAAACCGCUGGAUUUAAAUAAUAGCCGUCAAAUGGCGAGAUUUUGGCAGCUUGUCGACGAAUUUGAACGAUUGCCAUCAUGUAGAGGAAAUAUUUCGACUUUACUAUGGCUCCGUGAUUACGCGAAAUUUUAUGAACGUGGUGAUCCCCUCUUUGAUUUGUUCAGUACGUUAUUCGGAUUUAGUGAUCCAGUUCAGCAAAACAUUGAUCCUAAAACUAUCGCUCUCGACUACAAAAAAUUCGAUGAUUUCCUCAAAUCUUCAUUUUAUAAACAUUGGAGAGCUUUUUUAAAAAUUGCGAACUUUGAGAACGAAACGCGAGUGAUCAGAUUUUGGUUCAGCGUUGCUUAUCAAAAUAUGUCAACAUGGCAGCAGCGAAUCGAUAUCAUGCAAAAGUGGAGAAGUAUUGCAAGCAAUUAUCAAGAUUUAAAUGUUACCGUUUGGGAAGCAAAUGGCAUGUUUGUUGAUCAAAUGCUUAGUUUAAAGACGGUCGCCGUACAAACCGGCUCUUUGACUCUUGUGUGCAUGGCCGUUGUAUGCACAAUAUUUAUACCAAAUCCAUGCAGUGUGAUCACUGCUUCGAUAGCAAUUGUAUCGAUAAGCAUGGGAGUUUUUGGAUUCUUGUCUUGGUGGCAUUUCGAUCUUGAUCCAGUGACAACAGCAGCAGUCCUCAUGUCUAUCGGCUUAUCAGUUGACUUUACUGCACAUGUCUCCUAUCAUUAUCAACUGAGGAAUCGGAAAGAAAUGCGCAACGGUAAAAUAGUAAAGAUACCUCUAAAGAGUGCUGCAGAAAAGUUAGAAAAUACUUUAAAAAGCGUCGGUUGGCCAAUGAUUCAAGCUGGUGCUUCAACGAUUAUGUGUAUUCUUCCUCUUCUUUUUUUGCAGAGUUAUUCUCCAAUGGUAUUUGUUAAAACAAUCAUAUUAGUGGUUUGUUGGGGAAUACUUCAUGGUCUUAUUGUUCUACCAACUAUUCUCACCGCUCUACCUGAAUGUUUCACAAAUGCAAAUUGUUAUCGUUUAUUUUUAUCUACAAGCAGCGAGAAAUCCUUUCGUUACAUUAAUCCUAAAUUUUCCAAAUUGACAUGUAAUUUCUUUAAAAUGCACGCAAAAAACUCUCUCGAUGAAAGAUUGGCUCAUAUUUUCUGA